UCUAUUUCCGCGUCAACACCUCACCGUCUACACUUCCCAAAACUCAAAACCCCAGAGAAAUCAAACAACACUCUUCCCCACGACCACCUCACCCCACACACCACCCUCCCCCCCGCGUAUCCCCAGAUCCGCUGUCCCCCAAUGCCCGCGGCAGCGGCAAUCUGGCGGAAUCUGGCCGCCGCGGCGACAUUCGCCCUCCUCGUCGCCACCGCGGCCGCGUACACCAACCACACCGUGGGCGGCGAGCCCGGCUGGUUCUUCAAUGCCACCGCCAACACCUCCUCCGCUAACUUCUCCGACUGGGCCGCCUCUCAGACCUUCGGCCUCGGCGACUACCUCAUAUUCAUCACCAACACGAACCAGACAGUGAUUCAAACCUUUAACCUGACGACCUACGAUGCCUGCAACGCAGAUGACGCGUCAGACGACGAUACCUUCGAGUACAACGGCGGCAACGCUGCGUUCGGUGAACGGCUAACCAUCCCAGUGCCGUUGACACACGAGGGCCUCAACUACUUCUUCUCAGACACCGACGAUGGCGUCCAGUGCGUCAAUGGGAUGCGGUUUGCAGUUGAUGUCAAACACGGAGCCGGCCUCCCGCCCAGCCUCAGCCAGCCCCCUCCUCCUCCGUACACUAGUCCGCCCCAGUCCCCCCCAGUGACUAUAUAUAAUCCGUCGGCCAACAGAGCUCUUCGAACAAGCGCUAGCAUGCACCAGGCGGCUUGUGUUCUUUCCUUGCUGGCGUUAGUCUUAUUAUUUUAGGGAUUGAAAGAUUAAUUACUGGAUAUGCCAGGCAUUCCAUGUUGCAUAUGAAUGCUAUAUUAAUUUUCAGUCACGUGAUUUAUCAAGAAUAUUGGCGAUUCAUCUGGGGCUAGUUCGGGAUUUUCAUGUCAUGCUGUAUGCUGGUUUUUGAGAGGGUGGGUCAUUUUGGCAUAUCUACUUUGGGGAUGCGAAGAUAGAGCAAACCGUGAUGUUAAUAUUUUUUUGAUUUGGAUAUUUGAUGGGAUAUUAUUGAUUCAAA